ACUGCAAAAUAUGAUUUCCAAUAUAUAUUUGCAGGUAGAUUAUGACUUGUUAGUGUUGGAUGAAAGUGAUCUAACUUGAGAAAACAUUCAUUUCAGGUGUUUUCUAUGAGGUGAGAGACAAGUUGGAUGAUGGCAGACUUACAAGGUUAUCCAAGCACCUGCUUGCACACCGGGGAACUUGCACUGUUGGCAAUUCUAGUUUCAGGAGGAAUUGUAUUGCAAAUCUUGGCAUGUGCUCUGUACAAUAAUUGGUGGCCAAUGCUGACUGUAAUAAUGUAUGUGCUUCUUCCAAUGCCUUUGCUGUUCUUUACGGGCUCUUAUGCUUCUCUUUUAUCUGAAUCCGACAACGGUUGGGUCAAUGCAACGAAAUUCUUGACCGGAGCUUCGGCAAUUGGAAGCAUUGCUAUACCGGCUAUCCUAAAACAUGCUGGAAUUAUCGGUUGGGGCGCACUGGCAAUGGAACUCUCAUCUUAUUUCAUAUUUGUUCUAGCCAUAAUGUGUUGUAUUCGAAUGAAUGAUGACGAUGAUUAUUACAGAUUCCUCUGAA